GCGCCGAGCAACGUACGCUAUAUUUGCUCCCGCUUUGGUCCCGUCACCUCCGGUCGUCGUAAUCUACCACGCCGUCGUCGUGAUGGGGUGCGCGCAUUCGCGAGUGGACAACGAGGAGGCGGUGACGCGGUGCAAGGAGCGGCGGCAGUGGAUAAAGUCGGCAGUGGCGGCACGGAACGCGUUCGCCGCCGCGCAUUCUGCCUACGCCGUCGCGCUUAAGAACACCGGCGCCGCCCUUAGCGAGUUUGGACAGGGCGAGACCCACGAUCUGGGCGCCUCCUGCUCCGCUGCUGCCGGAGUCGUCGCUGGGGGUUUGGUCUCUGGCUCUGCAGUCGUGGCCCAGGCUAUUCAGCCGCCCAUCGACACACUCCCCCCUCCCCCGCCUCCGCUGCCGGAGUUCUCCCCGUCCCCUCUCCAGCGUUCCAUUAGCAUGCCUGACCUCCCCAAGAAGUUUGCUUCCAAAGCCCAGCGGGAUGCUUCUAUUCGCGAGGACGAUGACGAGGGCGAAGACGACGCGGAGGAAGAGGAAGAGGAGGAGGAUGAGGAAGAUGAUGUAGAUAAUGGCCUCGAACAUCGACGACGUCCUGCUGGAGUCGCAGCGAGCUCACCAUCACCUUCCCCAUCCCCGGUUCCCCCGCCACCUCCCCCUCAACCCAGCCCUCCUCCUCCCCCGCCGCCAAUGCCACAAUCGAAGCACUCUUGGGAUUAUUUCUUCUUCGCGGACGAGAACAUGCAGGGGUCGUCGCUGACCCAAGCCGAGGAGGUCCGACCUGAAAGCAAUGAUGCUUCGGUUCCGGCUAAUCACCACACGGUUGGUGGUAACGAUGAUCAGGUGACGCCUAAAAAACUGGUUUUGGAGAUGCCACUGCCAUCUAAGGUUCCAAGGAAGCUGAAGCAGGGAAACAAUGUACACCACCAACACGCAGUGUCAGCGCCACCACUGGAUGCUAAGAAAGGGAAAAUCGUGCCUGCGACGCGCCCCAGCGUUAGUCUUCUGAAGGUGCUUACAGAUCUUGAUGACCUUUUUCUUAAAGCCUCAGAGAAUACAUAUGAAGUUUCCAAGAUGCUUGAGGCCACUAGAAUGCAUUACCACUCUAAUUUUGCGGAUGCUAGAGGUCACAUAGAUCAUUCUGCUAGAGUCAUGCGUGUUAUUACUUGGAAUAGGUCAUUUAAAGGUAUUCCUGAUCCGGAUGGUGGUAAUGAUGAUUUUGAUAAUGACGAGUGGGAAACUCAUGCAACUGUGUUGGAUAAGAUUCUAGCAUGGGAAAGGAAGUUAUAUGAUGAAGUUAAGGCAGGUGAGCUUAUGAAAAUCGAGUAUCAGAGGAAGGUUGGUUUGUUAAAUAGGCAAAAGAAACGUGGUGCCAGCAUUGAAGCACUAGAAAGAACUAAAGCAGCUGUAAGCCAUUUACACACAAGAUACAUAGUUGAUAUGCAGUCAAUGGAUUCAACUGUGUCAGAAAUCCAGCGUUUGCGUGAUAAACAGCUUUAUCCAAAACUAGUGGAACUUGUUGAAGGGAUGGCACAAAUGUGGCAGGCUAUGCACGCUCAUCACAUUGCCCAGCUGAAGAUAGUUGAGGAUCUUAAAAUCGUCGACCUUCCAUGUGUGAUGAAGGAGACGACUGAACAUCAUUUCAAACACACUUUGCAAUUGCAUGAUAUUGCAGAAGAGUGGCAUUUGCAGUUUGGCAAACUUGUUAGCCAUCAGAAAGAGUACAUUGAUGCUCUUAAUAGUUGGUUGAAGUUAAACCUUAUCCCAAUCGAGAGCAGCUUGAAAGAGAAAGUAUCUUCUCCGCAAAGACCAACUCAUGCUCCAAUCCAAGCUCUUCUUCACACAUGGCACGAGCAUCUUGAAAAACUGCCAGACGAGUUGGCAAAGAAUGCCAUCCACAGCUUCUCAGCAGUCAUAAAGACAAUUUUGACUCUCCAACAGGAGGAGCUAAAGCAGAAAGACAAAUGCAAUGAAAUCCACAAGGACUAUGUACGAAAGAGUCGGGCAUUUGAGGAUUGGGCCCAAAGGUAUUCACAGAAGAGGAUGGCAUCCACAGUGGGUGAGACAGAAAGUGGAGAGGUAGCAAAUCAAAAGGACCUUGUGGAGGAAAAGAAGUUAGUUGUGGAAUCAGCUAAAAGUAGGUUUGAUGAUGAAAUGGAGUCCCACAAAAGACUGUGUAAGCAGGUGAGAGAGAAAUCCGUUACGAGUCUGAAGACACAUUUGCCUGAGCUUUUCCGCGCUAUGUCAGACUUCGCGGAUGCUUGUUCGAGGAUGUAUGCUAGUUUGAAGAUGAUCACAGAGCACCAGGAGCAGCAGAUAAGAAGCUAGGCCAAAGUUUGUAGAGCUGAAUACUCUACCUUGUAUUUAAGGUUUCCUAUGCUAAACUUUAUAAUUUGAGUGUUAAUUUGCAUGGGGUAUAUUCUGUUAUGUUAGUUCUUAGGCUGCAUGAUACUUGUUACAACUAUGGGAACCUCUACAACUCUAAUAAUGAACUUUUCUUUUUAAACA